CGAUGCAAAAUAAAUCGAACCAGACUAUUAUGUUGGAGAGAUGCGUAGUGAGUUCCGUGUAACGUUUUUAGUGAUUUUGUAGCCAUUUUAAAGUGUUUAACGCUUGAAUUGAGAUUUUUAUGUUCUUAAGACUACACAGGAUCACUUAAUAUAGAAGAAAGUGCUUAUGGAGGGCAGCCAGCGAGGACGUUGUGACGUCACCGGCAGUACAGUGUAACCAUCAUACGUACGGGCUGCAAUCUUGACGGGGGCGGUGGCCUCGGGGCUAAACCGGCAGGCUGUAUGGCACUGGGGUCCCCUCGCCACCAUCACCAUCACCUCCACCACCAGCACCUCUACUACUACCUCUACCAUCACAGACAUCGCCUCUUCCAGUCGGCUCGUUCAGCAACAUGGUGAAAACCUUCCAGGCCUACUUGCCCAAUUGUCAUCGCACUUACUCGUGCAUCCAUUGUCGGGCGCACCUAGCCAAUCACGACGAACUCAUAUCAAAGUCCUUCCAAGGGAGCCAGGGAAGGGCGUACCUCUUCAAUUCAGUGGUGAAUGUUGGUUGUGGGCCAGCAGAGGAGCGAGUACUUCUCACAGGACUUCAUGCUGUUGCUGACAUAUAUUGUGAGUGCUGCAAAACAACACUUGGCUGGAAAUAUGAACAUGCAUUUGAAUCAAGUCAGAAGUACAAGGAAGGGAAGUUCAUCAUUGAGCUGGCCCACAUGAUCAAGGAGAAUGGCUGGGACUGAGACUUGGCCCGGCCCGGCCCAACCCAUCGUCACCUUGACCACCUGUGUUGUGCAGCCACUGGGUCAUGUGACAGUUGGCAAAUGGGUAGGAACGGGCCACCAGGGACAUUAUGAAGUGCAGGCAGGAGGGACAAUAUUCUAUUGAACAGCCUUCUGGGAGAUACUAGCUCCCUGAUAUGGAUUUUAUUCGUGGGAAACAAUUACACUGCAUUAAAGUGAGAUCUGUUCUGAGUGAAGUCACAAAUAUAAAUGAGUGCACUUGGGACAGCCAAACUAAAUACCAUGACAUGAAUUGUUGAUGUGGAUUUUACUGGUUCAUCAAGAAAAUGAAAUAUUUAUGUUCUUGUAACUGGACACAAUAAUGGAGUGUAUGUUUUGUUUUCUAAUCAUGGACGACGACAAGCAACGCAAACUAGAAACUUUGAACCUAUAGGGCUCAUUCUUCUUAACAGAAAAAGCCCAUAGAUAUAUAUUUAAAGUUUGUACAUGCUUAAUUGGCACUGUUUUUAUUUUUUACAACCUGUGUUUGAUGUGAAUAAGGUAUUACACGACCCUGUUAUAUGAACUUUCCAUUAUCUUGUGUAUCUCUUUGAAAGUUGAAUGGCUUAGGAUGGUAUUUGUUAUGUCCUCCUUUUGUGGCAUGAUAACAUGUGAUGAAUCAGUCAGUUUUAAAUGUGUACUUAUUUGUGCCAAUUGAUGAUGCCCCAAACCAUCUGAAGGUGAAGAGGAUGAUGUGUGCAGUCUUUGUGAGCCAUCUCUGUAAGGCCUCACAAUCCAUGCACCACCACUACCACAGGCAAGCUUUGAGCUUCUGCGGGAGUACCAUAGCUAGCAGGUUUCUGUCAGUUUGUGUAGGUGUAGAAGUUAAAUGUGGGGUACCUUACAGUACUGGUGUUAGUAACGGACAAAUCGUGGUGUGUUGGAUGACUGGGCUGGCACGGCGAUGCGGUCACCAACUUGUUGCUGCAAGCUUAGCUCGAUGUGAUAGGCGAUGGCACAUCAUCUUGUAUCUUCUGUGCAGCAGAAUGACAACAGUUGAAGGAUUUUUAAUUUAAAAACAAAUUUGAGUUGCUGGUGGCUAUUGAGGCCAGUACUUAAUGAGCUUCAAACUGAUAUUUCUUUUAACCUUUAAAUUCUGCUGUAGAGAAGACAGAAAGCCAUCCCACUUCGUUAUGGUAACCCAAUCUAGUCUUUCAGUCUGCAUUCAUUAUUGUUUCCCUGUUUGUAGAUAGAUUUUUGUACAAAUUGCUUUAUUUCUCAUCUGUUUGCCUUUCUUGGAAGUGUGCAGAUUAUUUCAAGUCCUGCAAUUUUGUGAAAUAGAAUCAAUUAUAGGAUAUUUUUUAUUUAAAAGUAGUGUCAUAUGCUGAUUCGUUGGUGGCCAUAUUUUGAUGUUACAAGCAUUCUGAAUGUUGUAGGAUUCUGGUAAGAAGAAACAGACAUGCAAGAAAGUUGGAUUUUGAGUGAUGUAAUUGCUGCUUCUGAAGAGACAGUGAGCUCGAAGCAAGUCAGGAGGAGUAUGAGUGAUUAAAUUUUAUUGUUUUGAGUGUUCUUCCACCAUGAUUGAAGUACAUCAUAGGCAGAGGCUGCCAACACCAGAGACAAGAUUGAAGAUUAUAAUUUGUUUAAUCUGCUCAUAGUUUCCUCAUAUUAAGAUGUGUUUAUUCAGGUUGCUUUGUAGUAAAUUCACAGUCACAGUUCUGCUCAAAUGCCCUUUUCUCAGAAUAUGUAGUCUGUUAUAAAUUUUGUACCAUCUUUGAAAUCUUAUACCUUUCAUAGCAAGAAAUUUAAAAGAAAUUGCAGGGCAUUGAAAUUUUCUGCAUUCUUCUGUAUUAAUGACUGAAGUAGGUGAAGAAGCAGACAAACAUGUAUGAGCAAAAGAGCAUUCAUUCAUUUCCAACUUUUGAAUCAGGAGAUGGAUUUUUUUCUUUCAUUGCAAGGUAUUAUACUCUUAACUGCUUUGAGAUUAUCAUCUGGUAUCUCUGUUUGAAUUCAGCAUUUGUCCAUAUAUCUUUUAAGUUAAGUGAACUUUUUUUACAAUAUAAAUGAAUGAGAAAUAAAGAUGUUAAUCAGAGUGUAA